AUGGGCACAAAGGUCUACGCCUUUACAUAUGCGGGUAAGCCGCUGUUUACCAAUUGCCCAGAAGGCGAACAAUCGCUAGCGUUUUAUGGUGUACUGUGUGCCGUGGUAUCAAAGGUAUCCACGCUGUUGUCUGAGUAUACCGAGAAGGAUGAAUUGCGGUACAUAAGUGCUGGAGACCAGCAUUUCGUUUACAUGGACCGAGGUCCGUUGUGUUACUUUGGAAUAUCGUCCAACGGCGCUUCACCUCUUGCGGUUUACAAGAUUCUGUCUAACCUGCAUCUGCAAGUUUUGUCAAUUUUGACCCGAGGAGUUGAGCGUGUUUUACUAAAACGCCCUUCAUACGAUGCGCAAAACUUGUUAGGUGGUACUCAGUCGAUAUUGCACAAUUUGGUUGCCAGCUUAGACGGCACGCUAGGCCUGUUCGAUACAUGCUGUUACGAAGCGUUGCCUCUUCCACCUAACACCCGCAAUACCUUGAGUUCGUUUCUUAACGAAUUUGACACUCCAAAUGUACUCUGUUCUUUUAUGGUCGUUAGUAACCGAGUUGCGGCGAUCACUAUGUCGAAGAGCAUCACGUUUAGUCCAUCAGAUAUCGCAAUAGUAGUAAAUAUGGUCAGUGCAUCCCAUUCUCUACGUCAACAGGAGAGUUGGACACCUUUGUGUCUUCCGGACUUCAACGAUCAAGCGUUUACAUACGCCUACGUGAACUACAUUGAUUCGGAUAUCGGUGUAGUCUGUAUUUCUAGCACCGGUGAUCAGGAGCAGUUCCACAAGAUAUCUGGACAAUUUGAGGUUUUGACAAAGAAAAUGACAGAUUCUGGAUUCCUUAGCGGUUUGCGUAUGUCGCUGGUUUCUACCCCAAUAGAGUUCCCUUCUGAUAAUGGGAAGGGUUGCGACGUUCUACAUGUGUUGUACUACUCCAAGAAGCUUGGUCAUUAUUUUUCAUCUGCGUUUCGACAUACGGCUUUCGGAGCGAAUAGUGCUACAAUAAUAUCGGCCUACAAAUCGUUGUCUGAAUUUCUGUUCGGCGAAGAGUCGCACCGUACCGCGAUGGCUCGUUUCGAGUGUGUUAAUAUAUACGUGGAGCACAACCCGGAGUUCGGGCUCUACUUGGCUACAGAGCCGCGUACUGACAUUACGUCGGAUCUUGUAUCCUCGGUAACGUCGUACGUUUCGAAACAUUAA